CCUCCUUGCGGCGCUCUAGGGACCAUGGCCGAUCCUCGCGUGAGACAAAUCAAGAUCAAGACAGGCGUGGUGAAGCGAUUAGUCAAAGAAAAAGUGAUGUAUGAGAAAGAAGCAAAGCAGCAAGAAGAAAAGAUUGAGAAAAUGAAGGCUGAAGAUGGUGAGAACUACGCCAUUAAGAAGCAGGCAGAAAUCCUUCAAGAGUCCCGGAUGAUGAUCCCAGAUUGCCAGCGCCGGUUAGAGGCUGCAUAUACCGAUCUUCAGCAGAUACUAGAAAGUGAAAAAGAUUUGGAAGAAGCUGAGGAGUAUAAAGAAGCACGUGUAGUUCUGGAUUCAGUGAAGUUAGAAGCCUGAAAUUUUUCUGUACAGGGUGUUUUUUUGCAUUAAAUCCUGGGGUCCAUUCUACAAUUUGUUAUUUUUGCCACUGCUGUGUUUAGUAAUAGGAAAAUUUGGUUCUUUUUAUGCAGUUGCAUAUAUUUUUCUUUGCAUAACUUAAUGUGUCAAAUAAAUGAGUUCACCUAAUAAAAUUGUUUAUUUCAUACUUUACAAAA